GCGCGGUGAGGCGGAGGGGCGGGGCCACUCUGCGCUUCCGGCGGCGGCGCGGCCAUGGCGGCGGCUGUGCUGCGUGUGCUGGGCCCAGCGGCACGGCGGGCGGUGGGCGGGGUGCCAUGCUGGGCUCAGCCAUGCCGGGCUCACCGCCUAACCCCGGCGGACGAUGAGCUCUACCAGCGGACACGGAUGACGGUGCUGGAGCCAGAGUCCCCCAACAUCGUGUUCAUCGAGGGCUACACUAGCCGCGGAUUCACCAUCAGCGGGGACCUGGUGGUGGGGCCCUGCGCCAUCCUGCCCCGUGCCAUCCUCCAGUGGAACGUUGGCUCCUACAGGGACAUUUCACUUGAGAGUCUGUCGCUAUUCCGGCUGCUGGAGCCCCAAAUAGGGGUGGCUGUGGGGGAGCUGUUGGUCCCCGCAGGGAGGACAGGUGUGGGCCGAGGCAGCCUGAGCACAGCCCUGCCCACCCUUUCCUGUGGUUGUCUCCUGGUUACAGAGAUCCUAGUGCUGGGCACUGGAGACAGGGUGGAGCGGCUCCACCCCACCGUGCUGAAGCAGAUGCGGGAGUGUGGGAUCGCUGUGGAGGUGCAGGACACGCCAAAUGCAUGUGCAACUUUCAACUUCCUAACGAGUGAAAAGCGCAUGGCAGCUGCGGGGCUCAUCCCUCCGCGGGGCACCUACAUGGGGAUAUAGGUGCUUCCUGCCACGGGUUGAGCAGAUCUUCCUCUUCCCUGCCUGGGGCUCCCAGCCAUCACCACUCCAGGCAGAGAAAUGCUUUGGACUGAACUGUCAGAGCCUGGCUGCGGCUGGGUGGUGGCUCUCUGCAGGCAGGAAUGUGUUACAAAAUGCACAGGUUUGGUUCUGCCCCAAAGUCCCUGGCUUCCUGGCCACUCUGCCCAGUGCUGGGGGCUGCGGGGCACAGCAUGAGGCCUGAGUGUUGCCAGCAGCACUGCAUCUGCAGCCCUGCUGCUCUGCCUUGCCAGCAGGAAGCCAUCACCCCAAGGCAAGGGGGAGGCUGGCAGGGUGAAGCUGCAUACCCCAGGCAUGUUUGGAGCUCCAGAAGGAAAAUAUAUGUGAAUUGGAAGUACAAGGCACUUACGUGUUGGCUAACACACAGUGGAGGGGGGCUGUAAGGCACCAUCAGGCUGUGUGUGCUUGCUGUCCCUGCAGAGCUGGCCAGGUGAUGGGGUGGGGGGAGGGCUGUGGGUCAGCUGCUGCAGUGCCCUGGGCAGUGUAUGUGGUGUUGGGCCACCACCUGCCAGCAGCUCCCUGGGCACAGGCAGCACCAGCAACUGCUGCAUCACAGCUGGCACCGGCUUGCCCCGGGCUCCCCUGCAGGGUUUUGUACCCCGCCCCAGCACCCGUGUCCCUUGUGAAGCCUCGUGCUCAGUGCUAGUUGCUGAACCCCACCUCCCUGCAGACUUGCAGCUCAAGCGGGGACACAGGGUCACGGUUCCCUGUCCCCCAGCUCGCACAGGUUUGUGGUUGCAGAUUCCACGCCAGCAAUAUACCUAAUAUACCACAUACCUAAUCACAGCCUUGUUCCCCAAAUCCUGCCACCUUCAUGGGCCCAAGGGCGGGGGGGGGGCGGGAAGGCAGGAAUGUGGCUGUGAUCCUCAGCCUUGAGGCAGACCGUGGGCUAGCUUUGCGUAAUGAACCAGCUACAUGAAUGACUGGUUGACACUGGCACAAUUAUGAUGUAAUUCAAGGCUCUGUUUUUAACAUGUGUAGAUCUAAUUUGA